GGUUUAGAUGAUGAUCCUGAAGAGGAUAACCUCAAUAUGCGAACUCAAUACUUAUUUGAUGACGAGAGAGGAAUGACUCCCCUGAAUCAGAUGCAACAAACCAAGACCUUAUUGACAGAGGGUCAACGAAUAGCAUACGUAGGACUAUGUCGACUUGUGAUGAAGGAAAUGAUUCAAGCUUUGAAGCGAGGUGGACAUGAUGAGAUGGCGCCAGCAGUCGAAAGCAUGUCACAUUGGUCAACGAAAAUUAUCAGUCGACUCUAUCAACAUAUGGAUGUGGAGCCAAAAGAACAACAAAUGAUCGAACAAUUGGCUGAACAUGGCGUCUCAGCUGAUGACCUCGUUCCUUCUCUGAUCACCACACAUACCAAGAUGUCCUUCAAAACAAUCUCAAGGAGUCAGACUCUCGUCACACUCGAUAUCAGAUGGACCGUUCUCUGUGAUCUGUUUUUGGCGGUGAUUGCGGACAGUGUCUAUGAUGCGCGGUCAAGAGUGUUAAUCGGUAGAUGUGCCCACAAGUUGAAUUUAUCAUGGAUGGAUGUAGUACGCUUCGAAAGACGAUUGACAGAAGCCCUAGAAGUACAAGAAGGUAUCAGCAAAGCGGAUCACACGGAUGUCAUCGAGGCGCACCAAAAACAGUCACGAAACAAGCGACUACUAAUGGUAGGUGCUGCGACCAUUGGUGGUGGACUUGUAAUUGGUUUAAGUGCUGGUCUGCUGGCUCCUGUCAUUGGAGCCGGACUUGCAGCAGGAUUCACCACAAUCGGUAUCGGUGGUACCUCAGGCUUCUUGGCUGGUGCGGGUGGAGCAGCGGUAAUUACGACGGCAGGCACGGUCACUGGAAUGAACAUUGCUGGCAAAGGGAUGGGUAAACGAACUCAAUCUGUCACGACUUUUCAGAUCUUGCCUCUUCACAACAAUGGAAGGGUAAAUGUGUUUUUAACGAUGUCCGGAUUCAUGGAAGGCGCCAAUGAUGACGUGCGAUUACCAUUUAGCGUGAUGGACCAGUCGAUGGGAGAUGUACUGUCAAUACUAUGGGAACCACAGAUGAUGGGCGAGACUGGAAACAUCAUUCGGAUCUUAACAUCCGAAGUUUUGACUCAAGGUGUUCAGCAAGUCUUACAAGCCACAGUACUGACAGCUUUGAUGAGCGCGCUUCAGUGGCCGUUGAUGUUGACAAAACUUGGCUACCUUAUCGAUAACCCUUGGUCGAAUGCACUCGACCGAGCUCGAGCAGCUGGAGCAGUACUAGCGGAUGUGUUAAUUAAACGACAUGUGGGUGUGAGACCAGUGAGUCUUAUCGGGUUUUCACUCGGUGCGCGGGCCAUCUUUUAUGCACUAGUGGAACUUGCUCGUAAGAAGGCAUACGGAAUCGUUCAAGAAGUCUAUCUUCUCGGAGCUACUGUCACUGCACCUACACGAACUUGGAGGGAUGUAAGGGGGAUCGUAGCUGGUCGAUUUGUUAACGGAUAUUGCAAGAGGGAUUGGAUUUUAGGAUACCUCUACCGUGCUACAACUGGUGGAUUGAGAACUGUGGCCGGACUUGGUCCGGUUGACUCCGUCCCUGAUCUCGAGAAUGUGGACUUGACGGAAAUUGUGGUGGGACAUAUGAGUUAUCGAGCGCAGAUGCCUGUCAUUUUGGAAGAACUUGGUUUUCGAGUCACCGCCGAUCACUUUGAUGAACCUGAAGCUAUGCAAGAGGAUGAUGAACCAGAGAAAGAGACAUCGACACAAAUUAAAACAGUCAAAGAAGCAGAAGAAAAGAAACGGAUGAUCCUUGGUUUUACUAAGAAAUUGAAAUCUGCGGCUCCUAAGACGACGAAAUCGAGUAAAUCAAAGAAUGAAAAGAAUGAAGAUCAACCUGAACGAAUGGAAAAGUCAGACAGUCGGACUAAAGUCACAUCACCUUCAUCAAAAUCGCAAUCAGAUUCGGCGCCAUAUCAGUCAUUAUCGGCUGAACGAGCCGGAUCUAGUACAUCAGAAUCCGAUGACGAUCAAGCAGCUACACCUAAAGCAGAUUUCGUUCAUACGUUUGAUGUACGGGCCAUUAAAUCACAAUUAGCUAAAUCAGGACUUGAUGAUAGUAGUGGAUGGAAUCAAAAAAGUAAUGAAGGAACAUCUAAAUGGAAUCAAACUUCUAGAUCACAAUUUUGGACUAAGAAUGAGAAUUCCACCGGGUCAUCAACAAGUUGGAAAGAAUCAGAUCCUUGGAAAUCUUAAAGGUUACGAUUUGCCACUUCUACUGUUCCCUCUGUUGACUCUUUAUGACUUUGUAAGUAUACAUGAUGAAAUAACGUUUACCCUUUUUCAUCUUUAUUUUUCAAUUUGCUCAUUUUUAUUCAAUUUGUCUUUGAUUUUUGAUUUGAGGGUUCUUUUUAUAUUUGACAAUUGAGGUAUGAUCAAUGAUGUAUCGUACCGAUUGAUUCUUACAAUCUCAAUUAUUUUUCACAAUUGACCCAUUUUUGAUGCCUUUAAGAUUUCGAUUUUGGAUUUCAUUGUCUUAUGAUUCUCCUGCGAAGAGAGGAUUGCAGUUUUCCGUUGUUUUGAAGUCGUUGAUUAUUGUUGUGUUUUAGAAAUUUAUAUAUUGAGAUUCGUAAUUUCGUCGAAAUACUCUUUGCCAGCUGUUUAUAAAGUUUUGUAUUUGUUUCUUUGCAACAAAAAACAUUUUUAAUUUCUCGACUUGCU